ACCAUAACAUUAGGCUAAAGAUAUAUCUAUUUUACGUAAGGUAAUGAUAGAGGACCUUAACUAUAGAUCACAUUUCAGUUACAUGUGUAUAUGCAUUUAUUUAUUUUAUUUUUGCUUAUUCAACGGUUUGUUUAAUUGAAAUGUUCAGCAUAUCUAUGGCGAUAUAAAACAUCUCAGAAGUCAGCGUGACUGUGCACGGAAAUGUGCACUGCACGAGUAACGUCAGGCCAGAAUUUUACCAUUCCAUACAGGAUUUCUAAAAGAAGGAGGAUAUCAUUCUAUAUUGUAUGUUUAACUAUUUCGUUCUUCCUGCAAGUGGUAGGUUUUGUGAUACCAGGUUGGGGACAUUUGAAGGGUGAUGUACUGACGUUUCAUGUGGGACUCUGGUAUAGAGUAACGUGUAAGAAAGGCGACGUGUGCCAAACAGCACCCAUGGUCAGCAGUAAAGAUAACGAUAUGACGGAAUAUCAGAUAGAAACAAGCAUGUCGUUGGUGGCUUGCAUUAUGGCAAUUGUUUCUCUGUUUAUCUACAUGCGAUAUAUGAAGAACAGUAUGAUAACUGUCGUAAUUAUAGGGAUGUUGGCAAGUAUGUUGUCUGGAGUUCUUGCUCUGUUGGCGUCUGGGAAAAUGGGGAAUAAAUAUCAACAGCUGCAUAACGAACAGAUGGAUGCGUACGGUAAAAGUGUUUACAAGUCACCAUAUUCUCUGUUCCUGACCGGCACAGGUGGGCUUGUUACAUGUCUUGUUUUCUUGGCUUUGUUGGUUGAAAUACAUAUAUUUUUAAAGGGCAGCUUGUUACAGAAUUCUACCAUUGAUAUAUCUGUGCGAUCCGAACAAACAAUGGUUGCUGUUGUAGCCACGGAUACAUACUCUACAGAGCCACCGAACGAGCACCAAGGCCAUAAUAUGACCACAUAUAUAUCAACGUCUGCAUCCACUGAUGAAUCUGGAACCCUUCCUCCAGCCUACGAAACAGCAUUCAAUGCUAGAGGCAUGUACGCCAGACCUAAGAUAAAAGCUAAAUCCUGCCAAAAUACAUCUGCGAAUCCAAGUGAUGGAGUUAAUGUAGCUAAUAAUACUGAGAAAUCAGAUGUCGAUCAUGCAGAACCAGUGUACGGAAAUGUUGUCUUAGCUAGUGGACAACAUAUUGUCAUAAAUGAUAUUUAUAACAUGUAGUCAAAAUAAAGUCUGAAAAAAGGAUUCACACUAUUCUCUGAUUCUUUUUCUCGUUUGGAUUUAAUUACAUAAAUACGGGCACCCAGUUCUCAGCAAGCAAGUAUCAAGUACGAAGAUUAUGAAGCUUUUGGGAACUCCAGCAGGCCCAAAUUUUGAAUCCGAAAUUUUCAUUCCCGAAAACUUGGAACGCUUUUAUUUCUUAAGUUAUGGAAUGUCCUCGUUGCACUUUAUAAUUGUUUAGGCUCUACCUCUGAUAGUACAAAUUUUCAGUUAUCUGUCUUUCAUAUUAAAAAGAUAAUUGAUGUACUUAACCAUAACUGUUGUCCAGUGUGUGUUAUGAGGCAAACCGUCCAGUAGAGGCAUACAUUAAAAUGUAUUUCAGGAAUUACAUACAACAUAUUCAAACAAACGUACGUGUUGCGUCUGA